AUGUAUCACCUUGCCAAGGGAUUAUACCUCUAUGCGACAAGCAAAGAAGAGUAUUCCGUUCUCCUUCUCGGCCUCGACAAUGCCGGCAAGACAACCUUCCAUGAGCAAGUCAAGUCGCUCUACCUCCCCACGAACCCCACGCCGAAGCUCAAGACCGUCCCAACAGUCGGUCAAAAUGUCUCAACGAUAACGCUGCCGGAUAUGUACCUCAAGAUCUGGGAUGUCGGGGGCCAGCACAGUCUGCGCAAGCUCUGGCAGAGCUAUUACAGCUCGUGCCACGCAAUUAUCUUCGUGAUCGACAGCACGGAUAUCGGGGACGGGGAUCUGGAGAAUGAUGCAUCGGACAGGUUGGAGGAGUGUAGAUUAGUGCUGGAGGAUGUAUUGCAACAUUCAGAGACGGAGGGUGUGCCGUUGCUGGUGUUGGCCAAUAAGCAGGAUCGCGAGGAUUGUGUGGAAGUGGUUAAGAUCAAGGAGGGUUUGGUGAAGAAGGUUUUCGAGGGCGAGAAGGGGGCCGCUAUUAGGGAUUCGAGAGCCUUGCCCGUGAGUGCGUUGACGGGGACGGGUGUCAAGGAGGCGGUGGAGUGGGUUAGGACGAGGGUUAAGUGGAAUAAGGAGGGGAGACCUCCGGUUAUGAGAUGA